GCGCCGAAUGAGAUUUUCUGGCUGCGCGGCCUCUAACUACCAUCCUACGUGGCGCACCGCACCGCCAUCCGAUUCACUCGCCCGCUCUCCCUCCCCCGUCGCCGCCGACCACAAUCUCGCUCUCUCUGGAAUCGAUCGCUGAACCACCACCAAUGGCGGUCGCUGCUCCGUCGCCGGCUGCUUACCUCUCCGGGCUCAGGCGCCGGAACUCCCUGUCCUCCUCCCGCUCUGCCGCCGCUUCCUUCCCCGCCAGAAAAGCCCUGACCAUCGUCGCCAUGGCCCCGAAGAAGAAGGUGAACAAGUUGGACGAGAACUGGAAGAAGGAGUGGUACGGGCCGGGGAUCUUCUUCGAAGGGAGCGAGGAGGUGGAGGUGGACGUGUUCAAGAAGCUCGAGAAGCGCAAGGUCCUCAGCAACGUCGAGAAAGCGGGCCUGCUCUCCAAGGCGGAGGAGCUGGGGCUCACCCUCUCCUCCAUCGAGAAGCUAGGGGUCUUCUCCAAGGCGGAGGAGCUGGGUCUGCUCAGCCUGCUCGAGAGGGCCGCGGCGGCCUCUCCCUCGGCGCUGGCCUCCGCCUCGCUGCCCAUCCUGGUGGCGGCCCUCGCAGCGGUGGUGCUGAUCCCGGACGACUCGGCGGGGCUCGUCGCGGUGCAGGCGGUGGUCGCCGGGGGGCUCGUGGUGGGGGCGGCGGGGCUGCUCGUGGGGUCCGUCGUGAUCGGCGAGUUGCAAGAGGCCGAUUGAAUUCAUUCCUUAGCGCUAGUGUUGUAAAAAUGAUGAAUCCAAAACGUUUUCCCCCCUCUCUCUCUCU